CUGACGAAUCCUGAGAAUACAGAUACUCAGAUUUUCGAACAUCCUCCGAACAUCGGUUUGAAUCCAGGGACCUUCGUCGUGCUCACCUCAACUGCCCCGCUGAACCUGCAUUCAAUUAACAGUUUGGUGCUCCCGAGUACAGUCACACAACAAGAGAUUCCGGCUACUUGCCGUCCGCAGUUGCCCACAACUAUUCUUGGCGAAGAACCCCUGAAAAUGGACGAAAACGGGGUGGAGUAUAUUCCUUUUGCACACACGCCAUUAUACUCCGCUCAUCAAGAUACGAUGAACAAAAAACCUGAUGGCGCUGCGGAAACGAUGAGUUCUCGCCGGUCAAUUGAAAUACCCUGUUGCUCGUCUGUGUGUGCCUCAAAACAGCUCUACGUACAGCUACCCGCAAUGCCCACCGCCUUGUUUCUUGAUGAUGCGUGCUCGCUGAGAAAAACGUACCAGCCGAAUUUCGACAUAAAGACAAAAGACAGAGAAGUUAUCGGUGUUAAUUCCGGACCUUUUGUUCAUACCUCCCCAAAGGCUAGCAUCGCGUGUAUCAUCACUCCAAGUUUGCCCGGUAUGCAAGCUUGCACAAAGUGGGAUUCUCCGUUGAGCGCAACAUCUUCAUCCGGUUAUGUGGGGCCUGAUUGUGUCCCAGUGAUCAUCCCCGCCACAUCUCUGACUUGCCCAAAGAGCCCUGUGAAUACAUUUCAAACAUCCACCACAGUACAAAUGGCAAAGUCAAAUACAUUCCAAACACCAAGCUGAUUGCAUCACUGACUUUUUUUUCAAAAUUUCUGCUUCCUCAGUGAACAAAUGUACAGUAAAUGCAUUAUUU